GCUAAUGGCGAAGGGAAGACGUUGUAGAGAAGGUAAGAUUACUUCACCUGAUAAUUUCCCUAGUCUAGCUUUCUAUCUCGUUAUUAAUCAACUUACUCGCUCAAAGGCGGGGUAGCUUAGACUGGCUUCACACGCAAGGUACUGAUUCCUGAAGCAUCAGCCCCAUAUUCUUGAAUUUUCAACAGAUCGUCCGAGCAUGUCUGAAUCUUCGCAAAAUUUUACCUUUGGCGCAGGUACAAGUAAGUGUUGUGUUAGGAAUGUAUAUUAAUUACAGAACGAGUAAUUUCAACUAUAUGAGAUAUUUCUGAACAAAUCUUCCACCUUUUGACUGUUCUGUUGAUUUUUUGAGCACUAAUUUAACUUCUGCCUUUUUUACUUCCGGGUAUGAAUAAUGUAGUUCUGUGCACUAUUACAAAUAAGCAGCAACGGAGGUAAAACUUCUUCAAAAGAGGCUAUCCUCUUUUGCAAGGAGCUUAAAGGUGGACACUUUUACUGCUGAGUCUUGCUUAAUAGAGUGGUCAGAGCUAGAGGGUCAAAUUUACCUUUCUCAUUUUGUGAAGGACUGGCUGAACAAAUUACUGACAAAGACCUGUGAAGUACCAAUUCAGCAUCUCCCCACCCCUACCCCUUAACUUAAGGAAAGCAAAUAAUGUAAUUGAGGUUUAAUGCUUUAAAAUUAGUUACUGAAGUGGAGGUGAAUAGUGGUGGACAUUUACCAUGCCACAAAGCAGCAAGGUGAAUAUCCACCACUUUCGCUGACAGAGAAGUGAAUAUUAACUGUUUUAGUACAUACCACAAAGAAACCAAAAAAUGGUAGGAAAUUAAAUUGCUGAUGCAGGAUUUUGUCUCUUGAUCUGCUUGGAGGUGAAUAGUACUUGUUUAUUAGUUCAAAACCUGCCAAUCAGCACUUGCAAAGAGCACUAUUCACCUGUAUGGUAUGUACUAAUGGUGCAUAUGAUUUUCUCAAAUAAUCAGCAUUUGGGAGUGGCGAGCCUGUCGGAAGUACAACUGGCAUAUUUGGAAGUACAUCUGGUACAAGUCUUUUUGCACAGAAUCCAACUACUCAGAGUAAGUAAAAACUGCUAUUCUUUCAAACUGAUUUUUUAAUAAGUGUAGAUUAAGUAUUAAUUAUCAGUAAUGUUACACAUAAAUAAUCUUUUCUAGAUUUUACAUUUAAUUUCAAUAACUAGCCCAUUGGCAGUUCCAGUCAACCUUAGGGCCAAGGUGAUUGUAUGUUUGGUACAAUAUCAUUUGCAGUCAGUACUUUUGGACAGCAACAAGCUGGUACUCAGAAGGUAUCAAAGGGAGGGGGGAGGUUCUGAUCCUAUUUCUUACACAAAUUUUAGAAAAAAUGCAUGUCUUGUGUGUACUUUAGACAGAAUAUUUCAAGUGUCACAAAAUUAAAAUGUAAGACUUCAAAUCUCGCCUUACCUCACCUAUCUGUAAACUUCACUCAUCACCUAAUGAAUGUUGGAUUAAUCAUGCAUCACAUUAGACCAUUUGCUUCUGUCUGCUAAGGGUGAGUUAACAUUUCCAAUUUUGAAGUCUAAUGUUAUAUAUAGAGUUUGAGUAUUUAUCAGAAAUGUAAGGCAUAAGUAUUCUUGGUUGCUGCUACAGAUAAUAAAGUGCAGUGCUGGCCAAUUUUUUUUUGGAGUACCAGUCACCCCAUGUACUUAGGUAGUGGGGGUGAGUUUCUUAAAAAACAGUGGUGGCCCUCUAAAGAAACUGUCAGUGGUAUCUUUUUAUGUACAUGCAGGCUUGUUUCGCACAAUAUACUCCACAGGAGCCUAUUUGUUGAUCAUGAGUUUGAUUACAGACAGAAUUGGAUGAAAGGAAGUCCUGUUACCAUGCAAUGAGUCAAAACUAUGACAAAGUUUGAGAGAGAAAUUAGACAUCGGUUAUAUGUUUUCAUAAAAAAAACUUAACAAAUUGCGCAGCAACAAAGUGGACACACAACAAGUAUUAUCCACUUACACAGGCAUGACGUGUCAACUGUCUGUCAUGUACAUUGUCCUACUGAUGCUCAAAUCGGGAUGAGGAUAACCAAUCACUUUCAAGAAUUUUAUUAUAGUUUUGAUGAGAAUCCUUUAAUUUCCCCCUUUGCAUAGUGUUAUGACAUUAACUUAUUUUGUGCGGAUCAGUUUUUGGAUACGGUCAGAUUCAGAGGUUUAAAUUCAUCAAAGGACAAAAAAAAAGAAUCUUUCCAGGUUAUAAUUUUUUAUUUUUCUUAAUUCUGAAGGUAACAGAUCUUACAAAAUCGAGUAUAACUGCAUCAUGGCAGCCCCCUGCAUAUAUUCAUGGUUUUAAAAGUAGCAGUACUUUAAUUCCUCUGUAUUUUUUAAAUUUAUCUUGAUUCAAAGCUUGUAUGCAAGGUACAUGAGUAAUUUGAACUAAAUAAGAUAUUUUUAACAAAUCUUCCACCUUUUAACUGCUCUGUUGAUUUUUUUAGUGCUACUUUAACUUCUGCCUUUUUUACUUUUGAGUAUGAAUGAUGCACUUAAGGUUCUUUGCAUGAUUACAAUACACGCGAGUAAGAGGCAGCAGAGGUAAAACUUCUUCAAAAGAGGCUAUCCUCUUUUGCAAGGAGCCCUAUGGAGGAAACUUUUAUUGUGAAUCUUGCAUAAAAGAAUGGUCAGAGCUAGAUGGUCAAAUUUACCAUUCUCAUUUUGUGAAGGACUGGCUGAACAAAUUACUGACAAAGACCUGUGGGGUACCGAUUCAGCAUCUCCCCACCCCCACCCCCACCCCUUAACUUAAGAAAAGUAAAUAAUGUAAUUGAGGUUUAAUGCUUUAAAAUUAGUUACUGAAGUGGAGGUGAAUAGUGGUGGACAUUUACCAUGCCACAAAGCAGCAAGGUGAAUAUCCACCACUUUCACUGACACAGAAGUGAAUAUUAAUUGUUUUAGUACAUACCACAAAGAAACCAAAAAAUGGUUGGAAAUAAAAUUGUUAAUGCAGGAUUUUGUCUUUUAAUCUGCUUGGAGGUAAACAGUACAUGAUAAUCACUUCAAAACCUGCCAAUCAGCACUAUUCACCUGUAUGGUAUGUACUAAUGGUGCAUAUAAUUUUCUUAAACAAUCAGCAUUUGCAAGUGGCUUGUCAUUCGGAAGUACAUCCAGCUUGUCUGGAGGGUUUGGAAGUACACCCACUCCAGGUCCUUUUGGACAAGAAUCAACUACUCAGGGUGAGUAAAAAUUGCUAUUAUUUCAAACUCUGAAUUUUUAAUAAGUGCAGCUUAAGUAUCAAUUACUGGUAAUGUUACACAUAAAUAAUCUUUCUAGAUUCUACAUGUAAUUUCAAUAACUUAAGCCCUUUGGUGGUUCCAGUCAACCUCAGAGCCUAGGUGAUUGCAUGUUUGGCACAAUAUCAUUCACAGUCAAUACUUUUGGACAGCAACAAGCUUGUACUCAGAGGGUAUCAAGGGGGAGGGGGGAGGUCCUGAUCCUAUUUCUUGCACAAAUUUUCGAAAAAAUGCAUGUCUUGUGUGUACUUUAGACAGAAUAUUUCAAGUGUCACAAAUUAAAAGGGAAGACUUCAAAUCUCACCUUACCUCGCCUAUUGAGGUUUAAUGCUUUAAAAUUAGUUACUGAAGUGGAGGUAAAUAGUGGUGGACAUUUACCAUGCCGCAAAGCAGCAAGGUGAAUAUCCACCACUUUCACUGACAUAGAAGUAAAUAAACUGUUUUAGUACAUACCACAAAGAAACCAAAAAAUGGUUGGAAAUUAAAUUGAUGAUGUAGGAUUUUGUCUCUCAAGCUACUCAGAGGUGAAUGGUGGUAGCUAAUCACUUCAAAACCUGCCAAUCAGCACUUGUGAAGAGCACUAUUCACCUGUACAGAAUGUACUAAUGGUGCAUAUAAUUUUCUUAAACAAUCAGCAUUUGGAAGUGGCUUGUCAUUCGGAAGUACAUCCAGCUUGUUUGGAGGGUUUGGGAGUAAACCCACUCCAGGUCCUUUUGGACAAGAAUCAACUAUUCAGGGUGAGUAAAAAUUGCUAUUAUUUCAAACUCUGAAUUUUUAAUAAUUGCAGCUUAAGUAUUAAUUACCAAUAAUGAUACACAUAAAUAAUCUUUAUUAGAUUCUAUGUUUAAUUUCAAUAACUAUAAGUCCUUUGGUGGUUCCAGUCAAACUUAGGGCCUGGGUGAUUGCUUGUUUGGCACGAUAUCAUUUACAGUUGGUACUUUUGGACAGCAACAAGGUUGUACUCAGAGGGUAUUAAGGGGGAGGAGGGGAGGUCCCAUUUUUAGCACAAAUUUUUAGAAAAAAUGCAUGUCUUGUGUGUACUUUAGACAGAAUAUUUCACAUAUCACAAAUGGGAAGUUUGUUUUGAAUUUGGCCAUUACCCUCCACCCCCACAUGACCUUUUGCAGAAGGACAUGCCUUGAAAGUGGACAGAGGAAUGUGAGAGAGAAUUUGUUGAGAGCAAAGAGAAAUUACAAGAUUCUCCUUUGUUAGUUCAUUGCAACCUGAAGAAACCACCUUGCCUAUAGUGUGUGAUGCAUCUGUUAUGGGUUAAGAGCUGUAAUUUCUCAUGUAAUGGAGAGGGGAGAGGAAAAACCACUGAUCGCCUUCGCUUCUUGGACUCUCACUGCCAGUGAUUGUAACUACUCACAGAUUGAAAAGAGGCGUUGUCCAUUGUGUUCAUGGUGAAGAAGUUUCAUUCAUACCUUUAUGGCCUCAAGUUUAUGUUGCGAACAAAUCACAAGCCCUUAUUCACUAUUUUUGGUCCGAAGACAGGGGUGCCUCCAUUGGCAGCAGCCAGAUUGCAAAGAUUGGGCCCUGAUUUUAGCCACAUACUAGCUCGAGAUUGAGUAUAAGACGUCAGCUGAACAUGUGAAUGCUGAUGCUUUGUCCAGACUUAAUUGUGUCAUGGACUGCUCAUGACAGAUUGCAAGAAGAAGUUUAUUUGAUCAGUUACCUGGAUGAGCUGCUGGUUACUGUUAAAGACAUAGCUUUGACUACAGGAAGGAACCCGUCUUAACUUGUCUUAGUCCGCAUCCUUCACCUUGCAUGCAUGGCCUCAGCCAUAAUUUCCACAUAGGCUUGUGAGUUGUUAUUCCUGACAUGUAUUAGGAAUGUCUAUUGAAUGAUCUAUAUCAAGAGCACCAUGGUAUGUGUUGAAUGAAGUCUCUAGCAAGAGGAUAAUUAUGAUGGUCUGGAAUGGAUGAUGAGAUUGAAGAAAGAGCCAGUGCUUGUCAUAUUUGUGCUUCUGUGGGCAAGUUGCUGCGUAAAGCACCUUUACCCUGAGGAGAUGGCUUGUGAAGCUGUGGGAGCAUGUACACAUUUAUUUCUUUUAACAGGACAGGCUGAAUUUUCUGAUCGUCAUUGAUGCAUAUUCCAAAUGGUAAGAAGUGAUCCCAAUGAGCUCCAUGACCACUUUAAAGACCAUUGCAGUACUGCAUACUUUGUUUACAUGUCACAGAAUUCCCAAUGAGGUUAUUUCCAACAAUGGACUGUAACUGGCGGCAGUAGAAAUCAUUCAGUUCAUUAGACAGAAUGGUGUCAAGGUCAAACAUGUUCUGCCAUAUCAUCCUGCAUUAAUUGGAGCUGAAGAACUCUCAGAGCAUAUGGCCAAACUAGCUCUGACUAAACCAUUACUUGAUGCGAAAACAAUUACCGUAUUUCUAACCCUAACAGUUAGAGACCUUCCAACAGACUCGUGUUGUCCAAAAGAAAAAGCAAAACCAUCAGCUGUAAGCCAAGAGCGAAAUUCUUGAUUGUAACUGGCCAUUUGAGUGAGUGAACCUCACGGAAAAAAUUGGGUAAUGGCUCAAUGAAAACAGAUGCUAAUGAACGAGAAUGAACCCUUGACUAUAAGCCAAACCUCGUUUCUUGUGAAAAAAUCCCCAAACUUUUGUGUCAGAUACUGAAAAAAUCGCUCAGCUUAUAGGUGAAGAAAUACUAACGGUAAAUUUACUUCGGAACAUGGGCUAGCCAAUUUCCUAAUUCUUAACUGUAAUAUACCUCACACUGUCACAGAGCAUUCUCCUGCUGAACUUUUUCUUGAAAGACAAAUUAGGAACUGUUUUAUAUAAAACCAGAUCUUAACAAAGCUGUAAGGGAACAUCAAUUGAAACAGAAGCAGCAUCAUGAUGAGGGCAGGGUGGAGCUGCAGCCAUUCAAGUUAAAUGAAGUUGCUCUAGUUGUCAACCAGUGUCAUGGAGUUGCAAGAUGGAUUGAUAGGAGGAUUUACAGGGUGAAAAUUCCACACACUUAUCUUGUCCAUUGCAGGAACCAGGUAAAAUUUGUGCAUGUUGAUCACUUGAAGAAGACAGCAUAACAAUCUUCAAGUUCUGAGGUGGAAGAAUGAGUUUUAGAAUAUGGUUGAGAUUUUUUAAGGAGGCCCAGGGUUAGAAGAUGAGUGAUCUGGGUGUUUCCCUUCCAUCACUUGUGGAUGUGUCCAGUACAACAAAACCUGGAGAAUAUUCUGGCCAAGACAGUGUGGUGAAUUUGCCAGUUUCAGAAAUGAUAGAAGAUACAACAGAGAAAGUGGAUUCUCCAAGUCUAUGUUCAACACCAGAGCCAGUGCACAAAUACCCCAGUUGAGAAAGGAGACCACCACAAAGACUUAUUUGUGGACUUUGAACAUUCUAAGUUCUGUAGAGCACCGAACGUGUUUCUUUAUGUUGACAUGUUAGUUGGCAUGUAACCCUUGUUUAUAAUUCCUCUCACUUGCUUGGGGAAAAGUGCAAUAUAUUAGGAUCCAGACCCCUUGCAGUUAGGGACGGUAAGUACAUGCAGUUGACAUUAAAAAAUGGCAAGCAUGUGGUUCGUGUUGUGAGCUCCAAUUAGUACAGUAUCUAUGCAUUAUAAGUAUAAAUUGAACUGUAGGGGUAGAAAAACUCCUCUUGCCCCUGUCAUUUAGUACAAUUGGCAAGUAAUAAAUCUAAGACUUGCCAAGGUGCUGAGACCCUUGUUUUCAAAUUGGAGACCCCAUGUCUCAAAUGUAAAGAAUGCUGUUGAGUGCUAAUUUUUUUCUCUGAUUUCUGUUGCACUUUCUUUAAUAGGAAAAUCAAGUAACAGUGGGACAGAUGUCAAGUUUUUUGUAAGUGAAGGACAUGAUACUUGACUCGUAGAACUACUUAUAAGAACAGGCAGGACUAUAAAGCAAACAUUGUUUUUUGAUUGGCUAUUGGCAGGUGAUUUUUACUCUCUGUAGCCUUAAGGCAACCUUUUUUUCACAAAGACAUUUUCAAUGGUCAAAACAAAGAAAACCACAACAAUUUUUGGAAAUUCAUGCAGCAAUUCUUUGACUUAAAUCCUAGCUGUUUAGCUAAGAUAGCUGGAUAUUGGUAUCAUCUCAGUCGAGAAAGAUACAUUAAAGAACUUGGCUGAUGUACAGCUUGGUCAAUAACUCAUCUUUAUUGCUAAACUCUGAAGUAAUAUUCUUAUUCUUCAGGUUGUCAAAGGAACCGACUCUAUGGUUAAGAAUGGCAUAACCACGAACAUCAGUGUCAGACAUCAUUGCAUCACUUUAAUGUCAACUUAUAAUAGGAAGAGCUUAGAGGUGUGUUACAAAGACACAAUAUUGAAUGCUAUUGUAAUGAAAUCUUGGACAUCAAAUUUGAGUAAAAAAAAACCCAAGGGUUGACGGCAUUAGAUUGAGAAAAUCUAUCCAUCUUUUGUCUUACUUACACUCUGAAAAAAAGAGAGAAACAACUAAGAGAUGACUUUGUAUCUUAAUUGACAAUGCGGACUGUCUUUGUUUGCGGUUUCCAAAUAGUAGUCAUAUCAAGUUGGCUGGCUUUUCUGCCACUUCCACCCUUGUAUAUUGAGACUAUCUUUUUACCACCUACUCAUUUUGAAUAAAUAUGAGAGUGACCUUUGCAGUAAUGAAUAUUGUGAAUAGUGCAAAGAUCACUUUCAUUUUCAGUUCACAUUUAUGUUUCUCAUGCAUUUGCAGUCAUUUUUAUUCAUCACUUCACGAGUUUAUUCAAACCAACAUAAUAACUAGCUCCUAUUUGGCUUAAUUUGUUAGCUAAGUUGGUAGAGUAUUUUAGCAGUAUCACAGAGCUGCGUCAUGGGUUCAUCUUCGGUACAGAGGCCUAAAUUUUUUCAGACUUUCUUACAUUACUGCUUAAGUGGUUUUCAUCCCUACAAAGAUCAUUCUCAUAUUCAUUUAAUAAUCCGCCGUUCGCAUGAAUGAUUUCCAUAUAUUCACGGUUAUUUAUACUGAUUUUAGUCUUCCCUAGACCACCAGAGAAAAUUUUGUUAGGUAGCUUCAGUCCAGGUAGAAAAAUGCAAAUCAGGUCUAUUACAUAAGCCACAGAAAAUAAUAUUAUAGCUUUGCGGGAUGUGUAUGAAUAAGGAAAUGUAAGGGACAUAUAACCUUACAACCACAUACUGGUAUCACACACCUCUUUUACCACUAAGAUAGGAUGACAAUUCCUUAUUGAAGGCAGCUUUCUCUAAAUCAACAGGAGCUCAGAAUAGAAGAUUACUAUAACACAGGGCGCGCAUGUAUACCAGCUGAAGGUACUGGAGGUGAUAUGUUAUGACAGAGAUUUAUGCGAUUUAUUGAAACAUUAAUGGAAUCAUGUGUGUUUAGGGCAUCUGUCGGCCAAGUAUCGACCGAUAGUUAGCCAACUGUCAGUCAUCGUGUUAUUCAAGUUGGUGGACUGUUGGUCGCCGCUAUUGGUCGAUACUUGGUCGGUAAUGUGAGUCGACACUUAGCCGACAUCUCGACCAUUACGUUGCGAUUAACAGUCGACGGCAAAUUGGUCGAGUGUCAGUGAUGUAUCGGUGGUCUGCCGGUGGUAUAUGUUAUGAUGGGAAUUGGCAGCUGUCUCUUAGCCCCUUCCGGCCUCACCCUCAGGAGACAAGAAAGAAGAGUUUCAAAGAACUAGAGAAAAUAAGCGACUAUUUGAGUUGAGAAGAAAGAACUCAGUAUCAAGAGCUGACCAAGUGACAGGAGUGUCGGCCGAGUGUCGGUAAAGAAUCUGCUAAGUGUUGGCUAAAUGUGGAUAAAGUGGAUCUUAAGUAUCGUUCGCAUGUCGACCAAUUAUUGUCUGACAUGUGUGUCCUCUACAAUAUCACCACUGAAUCACACAUUAAUGUCACGAGAAUGAAGGAAGUGAUCACCAACCAAAGAAACUCUUGAUUGUUAGACAAAUUCUCCUUGUUAGCACCUUAGUAAAUGUACAGAGAACAGUCUGGAGAAUAUGAAUGCUGAUGUUAGGGUGUAAAUGGUGAAAAAGUUUGAAGCGCGUAUUAUCGCUUUUUGACUUCCGCCCAAAUUAAAGUUCCAUUUUAUACAAUUCAUUCCAAUUGAUACAAUUGUAUCUUUAUUUAUAGUUGUUCUUAAAAAAUAAAAAUCUCUUUAAAAGGUGUUUUAACGAAUUGAAAUUAUGUUAUUAAUUGAGUAAGUAGCGCGAGUUAUGAAAAUGAAGAGGCCGUACAUUACCUUCGACUCAAUUGAAAAUCAUUCUAUUUCAAAUCUAGCAGGCGUCUUUUAUUAUCGUGAUCGUAGAGCCUUAAGGAGGGAAGAGAUCAUUGGUGCUAAAUGCUGUGGAAGAGUUGGAGUGUUAGGUGAAUUAUUCGGCAUCACACUCAUUUUAACACAUUCUUUGCAUCUAACUUACAGCGGAGGAAAAUUCAAGUGAAGAGCCUUCAGAAUUCGAAAAGGCCUUGGAAAAGCAGAAGAAAUACAUUUGUCCGGAGCACGAUGAAGUUUUGAAAGUGUACUGUCACACUGAUAACUGUCUUAUUUGCCUAGUCUGUCAGGUAUACAAACUAGUUCUUAUUGACUCAAAGUUACUAAAGUGCAGCUAGUGCUAGUCUCCUUCGCAGCCGCUUUUUGGGAUGUCAGGCAAUUUCGUGACUGCGAAGGAGACUAAGCUCGUGCCAUUCCCAAAUAGGAAUUGAUGUCAAGGCAAUAGAAGAUUUAUUUUUAUAUCCAGGCAAGGAUCUUUUAAUAUUUUUUCAGUUCCUGGAAUUAACUAAACCUUAUUAAAUUGUAUAUAUCAUCACAAGAUGCUCCUCUUUGUACGGAACGGAGGGGGGGAGGGGAGGGGAAUCAGUCGUUGCCAACAGAGUAUAAAGAGGGUACUGUAGGUCGCUCAGUCGUUGUUUGCUGAUCUCCAUUAGGCAUAUGGCGAACAUACCGAUCAUAAAUGUGAGCUUGUUGUCAACAUGGCCAUCGGAGCACGAGAGGAACUUUUCAGCGAAACUAAAAAGUUAGAGGAUCAUUUCGAGUUGAUCAAGAAGUCUAGAAGGAAACUGAAGGAUAAGAAAGACUCCAUUUUGCAAACUCAACUUUACCUACGUGACAGAGUUGCGAAACACAUGGCUUUGCUAAGAACAUGCUUGGAUAGUGGAGAGAGAGCGCUGAAGAGUGAGAUUGAUGACAAAACUAACGAGAAGAUAGCACCCAUGGACGCUCAGGAUAGGUAUGAAGAGUUUCUUUGAGGAAAUUUUUGUUUGAAAAAAUAAAAAAAGGGGUUCCUAGUCAUCAUUGGCUGUUAAAAAUGAACUUCACUUGAAGUAUGCAUGUGGGGAUUAGUAAGAAAUUUUGAAAUACACCGAGAGCAGAGAAACGAAGUCUUCAAAGUACACCAUUCACUUCGAAAAUUACUUUCUCGACGCAUCAGUGACACACUUGGCCAUGAUUUGUUCUUACAACGUUUUAACAUAAUCUGUGAUCUACUACUGAACAGACACGGCUCGGCAGUAUGGAAUCUAUUUACCAAAUAGAAAGCGAAUAGCCUGGCCACUCAGAUUGCAGCAUUUGUGAUAGAUCGCUAGUAGAUUUACACUAAUCAAAUGUAGUUCUAACUGAAUUUGGAAAUGACAAAACGUUCAUGAACUACAUUAAGGCAAUAUCGUUUUAUUUUCUCCCUGUCCAGAGUCAUGGCAAAUGUUGAAGAGAAGUGUCAUUUGGCUAACUCUUUGAUCGAGAAGUGCAAAAAGAAUGACAGUGCUUUGGUCGAGGAGAAGCCUAACAUUUUUAAACUUAUUGAAGAGGUGUCGUCUUCCAUUCAGAAAUGUGAACUGGAAUCCGCGGAAACAGACAGUCUGACAUGUUACUUCGAGUAUAAACUCUUUGAUAUGCUUAAAACACAGAUUGGUGGAGUGAGGGUGUUGAAGCCAGGCAAAAAAGGUUUGUCCCCUUGAGUAAACAAUUAACGAGGGAAAAAACGUCAAAAAAUCCAACUGUGGUAUAUUCAGACCGUAUCAAAAACGUGUUGAUUAUGAAGUGAACUUAAAUAUCUUUGAAAAUAGCAACAAUUCCUUUGUCUCUCUGGAAUAGAAAGAAUAUAUAAAAUACCUUGGUGUCCUUAUCGAUUCCAAAUUAUCUUGGACUCAACAAAUUGCAUUUAUUUCAUCUAAAAUUAGCAAGUCUUGAGGCAUUUUAUCAAGAAUGAGAUAUUUUGUCCCACAAACUGUAUUGCUUAACAUAUAUCGAUCUCUUUUUCAACCUUAUUUGUCUUAGGGGGUUGCAGUCAGGGGCCACCCAAAAAAGGUGUUGAUUUUGCAAAAACGUGCUCUCCGCAUAAUAUUUUUCAAACCCUUUAUCUUCCAUGCUGUACCUUUGUUCAACAUGUCAAACAUUCUCCCUCCUCAUCUUAUCUAUUUCGAAACUGGAUGUUUUUUUGUUUUUUGCAUGAUUUCGUCAACAAUCUAACGCCUCCUAACAUUUCAGAAUUAACUAGUUAUUCUUCAGAAAAAUAUCACUAUUAUACAAGGUCCUCAGCGGCUGGCAAUCUCUAUCUUAAACAUUUGAGAAUAGAACAUAUGAAAAAUUCUUUAUCAAGACUGGGUGCAAGGAUCUGGAAUAGCACUCCCAUCUGUCUUUGUUCUCUGCUUAAGUGCAAAUUUAAAAGACUAUUGCAUAGACAGCUGCUGAACAUUUAGAUGCGAGAGAAUACUAAUGUUGACGUCCAUACUUUAAUUAAUAAAUUUAGAAAAUGAUAAUAUUUUUAAUUUCAUUUUUUGUUUUUGUUGUUCUUUUCUUUUUGGCGUGUAAUUUUAUUCCAGUUGUAAUAUGUAAUGCCUAAUUGGCUUAUCUAUAACUUGUCUUACUUUUUUUCAUGCUUCGUGUAUAUGCAUGCUCUCCCAGUCAUUUCCUUUGUUCAGUCAAACUUGUCACUGAAGAAUUUAUCUUAUCUUGUUUCCCUUCCGCCUCGAUUAGCUUCGCUAUCUUGCAGGUAGGGAUUGUUAGUGUUGGGGCUGGUCGACACCCAGCCGUCGCUUGGUUACCCAUAAGGAACAUUUAAGUUUUUGUGCAUGCGCGGUGACGGGCAUCUUGGAACGGUGCCACGAGGCCACCGAGUUUAAACCUCUUUAUCACGUUCAGUUUUUUCGAUUUUUUUGGUCUCAGUGUUGGGUUAAACAAUUUAAAAUUUUGUGAGUUAUCUCAAAGCCUUCGUGACGGUUUUGGAUUAAAGUUUCAUAUUUCAAAUGGUUAGUCACCGUUCGCGGCAAUAGUUAGAUAUGUAUUUUACUUGCCAACAUAAAUAAAUGUUGUUGUUUAUAUGGAUGUAUUUUUAUUAAUCAUAAUGCUGUCAGAGGGCUCUAUCUACGGCUUCAACGAGCAUGAGAUGUUGGAGGAAGGGAAAACCAAAGAUGCAGAGGUUCAGACCGACGCCGACGAUCACCAGGAAAGGACAGAUCAUGCGCAUUCUGAAAUUUCCCCGCAAGGACUAGAUCUAGCCGUUGACUUUGGCGCGGUGGGAAGCAAGACUUCAUUGCUUAUGGAUCCUGACCUACCGAUAUCAACAGAUUCCCAAAGCUCUAGUGACGUUAUAACUGGAUUACUGGAUGAGAUACUUGAAAAAGUUGACAGGCUCGCAGGUCAGUCACAUUAAAAAGUAAAGAAUCAUGUCCUUUAACAAAGUCAUCGGUGACCGAUGAGAUAUUCUCUCAUAAACUUUGACAAAAUAAGAAAUUUAACCAGCCCCUCACCCAUCUCGAUGGCUUUUAAGUCUAGAUAAUGAGGUUCAUAUUUAAAUUGGUUUUUUUUUUUUCCAGUUGCGAAUGGUGAUGAUGACAGUGCUGGUGAUAAACAAGAGAUCGAGACUGACGAUUAAAAAUUUAGCUUCGGCUACGGUGGACCCCAUACGUUCUUGAACGAGAUGAAUGUCUACUGCCUCCGACAUAGUAUCGCUGUUUUUCUCUGAGACGUAUAACGUGAAGGGAGCGUAGGACAAUUAGAUUACUUUUAUUCUGUCUUUUCCUUGUACAGUCCCUCUAGCUUAUUGCCAUAGGAAAAAUUAAUUUUAUGACGGGAAGAGACUGGGAACGACAUCUUGUAUUGUCAAACGUCAGACACGCGCAAGCGGAUGAAUUUUGGCAGCCGUGCGCCAAAAUCCGAGCAAAAUUUUCAAAUGUAAGAAACAGCCUCUGUCAUGCAAAAAAAGCGAGAAAAUUAUAAUGUUCAUAAAACUGUAGAAGAGAAAUAAGGUAGCGAAAAGAGAAAAUUUGCGAUUUUUCGAAAAGAAAGCUUAUUUAAUUACGGGUAGCCUGUUGAUUUACCCUUUAGAUUUGAGCUAUAUGAAAGAAGUUGUAUGCUUUUAAAACACUAUUACUUCUAGCUUUUGUAGAUUUCCAUAACUUUCGUGAGAGAAUCACGUGCUGACAACCUGAAAGCAAGCCCCUUGGCCAUUACCAGGUUUUUUUAUAUAGCAACAUUUAAUGAUGAUCCCGAUCUACAAAAUAUGACCAUUACUAUAAAUAGUGCUGAUAGUUUUUUGUUAAAAUUUUUAAUGUUUUCGCUUUUGUUGAGAGUUAUUAUGCUUUAUCUAUUUAGAGCAAGGCGGUAUUUUGUAGAUUUCUUACAAUGAAUGAUAUUAAAGGAAAUAGCUGUAAACCGUCAUGGAUCGCCUGUGUAGCAGGUUGAUUUGUUUCUCGGUUUUAUGUGCGCUGCGAUUUGCGGCGAAACUAUUUUCCCUCCCGAGCCUCUCACGGCUCCGUUGCUCACUGCUUCGUUACACACAAAAAUCACUAUAUACGUUGGUAAGGUUAUGGUGGAUGCCUUUUAUUCCAUUUUUAAGACCUUUGGUCGGGUUUGUGCUAAGAUGGUAUGGUAAUAGCGAGUGGCAAUUGUAACCAAAAAAUUUUUUUCUGCUCGUCCUCUCUCCGUAACACUGAAUAAAGGGGAGUGUGUGUUGGGGAGGCGCAGAAGCUUGUAACAGCAUUGUAACAAAAAUCUUAAUGGGAUUUAAAAUUCAUUUCGUCUGAAAGCGUUCUAUGAACAAUGUCAGGGAACCCCGAUGGCGAGCUAAGGAAGUGUUUAAAUAGCAUCAAGGACCAGGAAUAUACGGAAAAGAUGAUGGAGUUUUGAUAAGGUUUCCCUAAGGUAAACCCCUAUUAUAGACUCUAUUUCCUCGUGACAAUCCCCAGUCGCUGAACACGUGAACCGGGCGAAAUCGGUUUGAUCAGGCGUUUCCGAGAGACAUCAAAACACGUCAUUUUGCGAUAUUUUAUCGAGCUUUUAUCCCGGUAAUUAGUUAUACUAAGUCGGACCUGACUGGCCAGAUAAGUCAGUUUUAACAUAAAUGGACCUUUUUUUCAUCGUUCAGUCUUAAAUUCAACGUUUGUGGACAAAGAAUAAUUAAGAACUAUUUAUUGGCUAACAAAAACACCGAACUAGCUCUCGAGGCAUUAAUAGGGAAAGCCCUUGUGGCAAUGUUUUCGUUCCACUGAUUAGAGACCAGCAUACCUUUAGCGUUUCUGUGAGGGCGUGGAAUUUCUAUUUUAAUUAGUGUAGGGAAAACGUUGUCAUACGGGCUCACGGCUAGGUCGCAUAGCACCUCACCUAAGAACUUCCGGAAGACUCAGAGAAGACUGGGGGUUAGUAACCACCAGAAGUUCGCGGGAAUUUCGUGGCUUGCCUUGGACUUAGUAACAUGGCCGAUGCCGCCAGCGAAGUGUUUACGACCUUUAGAGGCGACGUGCUGUUCUUUUCUCUUUUAAAUACGGGCAGCAACGAUGAAAACUGUAUUGAAGUUCAAAUCUUCGGCUUUUCUAAAUCUUCUAGAUCCUUCACAAGAACUGCAAAGAAACUGUUGCCCCUUGGAAUUUUAGGAUGCAAACUGGAACUCGUAUCUGCAAAUUGUUUGAUGAACUCAACCACAGGAAUGUACCAGCCUUUUAUUUUGCUACGCCAGGUUCGCAUGAAGCAUUCCAGCACACAAAAGUUGCAUAUAUUGCUUCUAGAAGACUAUGAUUCGGUUAUUCUGCAAGGCAGUUGUGAGAUAAGUCACGUCUCACCAAUACAGAAUAUUGAAUUUUAUUUUUGUGAUGGCCCCACAGUUUGUUGGAAUUUUGAAGGGGUUAUGUACUUUGCAUGCUAUGAUGCCGUUCUUGAGAAGUUUACAACUGAUUCUGUAACGGUUGAUAACUCUAUGGAUGAAAGAUCAGGUGUGGAAUUUAAUAUAUUUUGGUGUGGGUUAUUAAGAGGCCAAGUUGUUUCCAUGGGAAUAAAAUCAGAAAUGACAGAUGAUGCCAGUACCUUAGAAAGAUGGACAUGUGUCAAUCAUACUCAUAAAGAUGUUCAAGAAGUCUCAUUGGUUCCAAAUCUGUAUGUUCCCAUAGCAACAUGCUGCCAUGUAAGAGAACCCUUAAAUGUAGGGGAAUUUGGGGAUAAUUCUGCAUAUGAUGAUGUCAAUGUGUAUUUAGCAACAAACAGAGGACAGCUCCUAAACUUUGUAAAUGGAAGGCUCAAAAGUUAUUGGCAGUUGCCAUUUAAAGACCCUUGCAGAAUGUGGAUUCUGGAGGUAACAAAUAUACUUUGCAGUAAAUGUUUUAAACUUAUUUUGAAAUGAUGUUUGAUCAUGUUCUCUAAUUGUCUGGCAGAGGGUAGUCUGUUGGGGACUUUAGUCUGUCUUAGUAACUAAUGUUUCAACAACCUUAGUGGAAAUCAUCAUCAAAGUUGUUGAAGAGCUAUUGUCAGUUGAGAGGGAUUUUCUAAACCUCAGUCACUGCAGCCAACAACAUGCUUAACCUUUGGGCUUUUUCAAUGAGUGGUCAGUUUGGUGUUCUGUAGUUCAGUGUGUCACAGAUUACCUUCCUGACACUGACCCAGACUCACAGAAGCUGCAAUGUGGGUAUCAGAAAAAUGGACGGGAGUCUUUAAUACCUGUAGCAGCCUGUGAUCAGAGUGAAUUUCCUUUGUAAUUUUUCACACUGAAAUAUAGCAAAAAAGAAUACUGUGCAGAAUAUUUCAAGUCUUCUAUCACAGUUCUCACAUAACUAGUUUUGUGAUCAGGAAGUCAAUGUUUUAAGCCCUUACCUGCUUUUUAGUUGAUUUGUUCAUUGGUUGUCUGAAGUUCAGCUUCUUGGCUGUACUGUGUACAUAGCCCAGUUAGAUGUGCCUAAAGCUAGAUCCAUCAGGGUAGUGACAAUUUAAGAUAUUUAUUUACAAAUUGAAAAUUUACUAAUUUGUAAUCAUUUGGAUAUUAUUCAAUUUCAGCUUACUCUAGCUGAGGUAAUGGUAAUUGUAGCAUCAAAAUCCAACAGGGUUGCUUUGAUUGACUGCAGAAAGAAGCAGGUGAGAUUUAGUUAAAAUUUACUCAACUUAAAAACACCCACACUCAGUUUAAUUUACUUGUAUGUAGCACUGUCUGAAGGCUUAAUAAUAAAACACUUUAAGUGGUGAGAGAAGUUGGUUUUUCUGUUAGUGUUAAAAAGUCUAAUGGGCAUUUGAAAUCAGAGUUUUCUAGCUACUAUACAGAACUCUUUGGCUAAAUUUCAUGUCAGAAUGUAUUUGUUUCUAAUUGGGUAUUAUUGAUGGUUGUCUAGUAACUUUGGUGAGGUUUAUAACAGAUUUAUUUUAGUUGGUUUCCACCCUUCCUUGGUUUAUUUGGUAAAAAAAAAACACAAACAUUAAAUAAAUGUUAUGGCAAGGUAUGAUCACUGAUUAUGAGCAGCAUUGCACCUGUACAAUACUGAAACAAUUGUUAUUAAUAAUAGUUUUUUUUUUGACAGGUUUUGAGGGAAUGGGAGGAGGCUGCUUUUGUUCUUACAGAUGAUUAUUUAGAAAAUGGAAAUGAGCAAGUUCUUUUACUGCCUCCAAAUCUCACCAUUUCUAAUAGUAAGGGUUUCUUGUGCAUGAUUAAAUGGUAUGAUAUUUCAUAAGCUUGACUGCCACCAUUUAAAGAGGGCUGCGUUUUAGCUCUGGUUAGGUCACUGUGUCAUGUUCUUGAUACUGAAGUGGUCACAGCGCUCAGGAGUAUGAAAUAAUACUUAAUUUUUAUUUUUCAUUAAAACCUCAUGAAACUGAUGAGGUGUACCUCUUUCCACCCAGGACUAUAAACAGUCCUCUGGUUCCAGCCAAUUAUCAGAGAAAAUUGACAAAUUGUAUGGGGUGGGUGGUGCUUUGCUAGCCAUGAACCAGGCCCCUCUCCAUUGAAGGGUGGAUAACACUAUCCACAGGGUAAAUCUCUAUCUGGUGGACAGUACAAUACUUUUUGUUAACACUUAUCUGCUGGAUACCAAUUUAUCUGUUGGUAUUCACUCUUUGAACAGCUGGGCCCAGCUUCUCAUCUAGGUCCAUGAAGUGUCGGGAAUAUUAAUUACUCCACAGCAAUCAAGUGGCAGCCAACCUCCAGGCACCCAGGAUGUGCUCUGGUAUUAAAAGACCACUGUUGUGCAUAACAUCACAUAUAUAGGUCAUUAAGUUGCGCUCGAGGGUGAAUUAGUUCACUUUCACAGCAUCUCUGUCCACCCAGGAGUAAUGAAUGAGUGAUAGGGAACUGUAGGAGAACAUUGACAUAAUGUAUGUGUGGAGGGGACUAGGGACCUGGUAUGGACUGUGUCCCAUCCUGAGGAAGUAGCAAAACUCUUGGUCGCUUUAUGUCCUUUGGAAAACCUGGAAUAAGAUUUAGCAUAUAUUGUUUCAUUGAAUUUUACAUGACUUUCUUUCUUUGAUCUCUGUUGGUACCUCAUAAUUUCUUGCCUUCCUGAAGAAGAUAAAUGAUAAAACUUUCCAUUUUUUUCUUUUCAGCUGGAGAGUUUUCCAAGUUUUAUUUGUUAGAUGUUACACAAGGAAUGGUGGCCAUUGAAAGCAAUCAGGUAACUAGUUUAAAAAAGAGAGCAAUUUAAUUUUAUGGCAAAGAAAAUUGUCUUAGAUUUGAUGCCUUCACAAUAACUUCAUCAUUCAAUUAAAUUGAUUUGAGUUCCAUUUUGUUUGUAUUUCAAAACAAUGCCAGUUUUUUAUUGUUUUGUUAUGCUAUCUUGAUUCAACAGUAAAUAACCAUAUUCAGUUGAGUAGAAUGUUAUGCUGUUCUAGGUGGUCAUCAGAUAGUUAAUAGAUCUGGUUAUUUGCAGAAUUCACCUUCUGCCCAGUCACAAACAGUAACAGACUCGCUGCAGAAAACUGCAAGUGCACUGAGGACAACCCUACAGGUUAGCUUACUUGUACCUUUAAGACAAACUUCCAAGCAUAACAAGAAAGACAUUUUUGACAUAAGGGUAUUUCUUCUCCUUUAUUCUCUCCCUUUUUUUAGUUUCCUUUUUUUUAUUUCUCCCCACCCUAUCCACUCUACAUAAGACUCUUCCUUUUUCCUGCUGCUCCUUGUUUUUUUCUUCUCCCUCCUUCUCAGCCAUCUUCACCUGUUUGUUAUCCCUAACCUACUAUUUUUUCAUUCUGUCUGUCUCUCCUGGUUUAUGCUCAACAUGGUUCUUUCUCCUGCUUCUCUUCCUCCUGUUACUACCCUACUUUCACUUCUUUGCCCCCUUUGGUGCUUUCCAUUCUCUGUACACUCAUGUUUUCCUUCUUCUUCUGUGUUUACUGCUAAUUCUAUUGCUUAUUCUACUCCUUCUCUAAAUAUUUGUGGUGAAAGUGAAAUUUGUGCUUCUCUAAACUCUUCCAUUGUAGGCCAGGGGAUCUAGUUUACGUGAGGCUAAAAUGGAAUUAAAUGAAAAACUGAAAAUGGUGGAACACUGUUGUAAAGUAUUGAAAGACAUAACUUGUCCCUCAGGAGCAGGCAAGAAUGAGAAAAGGAAAAAGGUUUGACCCUUGAUACAAGAUUUGAUGAAUGAGCAGUGUGAAUGGACAUAACACCCUUAUGAAGGAUGAUAGCAAUAGCAUUAAUGAUAAUAAUAAUGAUGUAAUAAUUUUGAUGAUGACAACUACAACACUAAUGAUAACAAUAAAGAUGAUGAUAAUGAUAAUGAUGUCAUGUUACCAAACCACAGGGUUUUUAUUGAUAACAACCAAUAAAUCUUAACUUUUCACCCAUUUUAUCAGUCAUGGUUAGUAGAAUAUUGAUUUAUUAAAUACCUUAACUGUUUUUAGCUAACAAGAUGUAAGAAAUAAUAGCUUAAAUUUAUUUUCUCUUUAAGGCUUCAGGUCUCCAGUGUCUCUUGGAAGGGGAUCUUGGAGAAGGUAAAUGAAAUAAUGGUUUGUUUUUCAGCUAUUAGACCACUUGGAAAAAAAAGAAAUUUGAAUAUGUUGUUGUUCUUUCCCCUUUUGUGGUCAAUGUGUUUCAGAAGAAAUUUACACAGAAUCUGAAAAAAUUAUAAGUUUUGCUCUGCUGUUGAAGUAGCUUUAUUUGCUGUUUCUUGUGGAGAAAUGUGUGGGCUGUGCUGUAAUUUGGCUUUCUCUAACUUGUUUUCACAGUCAAGGCAGACAGGAGUGACCCCCUGAGUUCAGAGCCAGAAUCAGCCCUGAAUGUCAAGGAAAUAUGGCAGCGUAUCUUGUAUGACCAGUGGAUAAUAGGUGUUGAUGUAGAGAAUAUUGGUGCAAGGUAAAAACUGUUAUACAAUUCCAUAUGGCCAUUUGAAGAAAUGGGGAUAACUGUGAGAGCACUUCACUCUGGGUAGAGAGUUCUGGAUUUCAAGACAAGGAGAUGUUAUGCAACACAAACUUAUCAUCACUUUUUCUUACUAAACAUUUUAGGGCUGUAUGUGAUCUCACAAUUGGACUUGUGAGCAGCCAGACUAUGGAUACUUCCUAUUCAUCAAAGACUGUGUACUGUAGUGAUCACAGAUGUCAUCAUCAACAGCCAAAGAAAGAAGAGAAUUCAGACUCUGUCCAGUCUCCAAUCUCAAAGAAGAAAAAAGUGGAACAUUCUCAACCUUUGACCGAUCUCCAGCAGUUGUCACCAGGUAACCAAACCAGAUUGACAGCUGUGUGUUCCCUACCAAGAUUCACAUUGUCAGACCGUUGUCCCAUGUCUGUGGUGAUGACAUGGAGAAGUUAUCAUGGUAAUGGAAGUAUUGAGCAGCAUUCCAUGCACUGUGGACAUGUAACGUUGUGUGCAGCACAGGUUAUGGAUGGCAGUCUACAAGUGAGCAGGAACUUGGAUUCCAAAUCAUUUCAUCAAGAUAUUGCAGCCCUGAGAUCAGUCUCAAUUGAAACAGAGGUAAUGUUAAUGCAGCUCAUUUUCAAUGCUUCUUUCCUCAACCAGAGGAUUAUUCAUUGAUGGAGUUUGUGCCAAGAUGUAACACCUAAGGGAGCUGUCAUUUCUUAGAGGCAGGAGGGAUGGCUAGUGCCUCUGUUUUUAUUUUCCCUCUCCAAAUUUCCUGCAGGAAAAAACUAACUCUACCCCUCAUGUGUUCCAAAACCUUCUGACCCUCCCCACACUAAACUUAAAUUUUUGGUAACCCUCUCAUUCUUAGUUGCAUUAAAUGUAAUGACCCUCCCCCCCUCCCUCAUAAAUGACAGGUCCCCUAGGACUCAAACUCCUUACCCUCUGAUUUUUCACUUUCUGACAAAAGGUCCUGCCUUAAGACAUCCCAUUACCCCUUAUACCCAAAGAACUUAGGUCCCAGACAAAAGGAGCUUACAGAUCCUAUCUAUCCUUUGAAAGAAACCUAACCUUGUCACAAUCUCUCUCUUAUUCUUGUUUCAGUGUUUCACUUCAGUUGUAAGUUAAUGUAUUUGCUAUUUUUCCCCUCAAGCUCUUAUUACAAGGCAGUAUUUCACGUCCCCACCAUAUGAUUGCACUUCUGAAGAGUUCAAUCAAAGAGGUGCCAGUUGUACAGAGAGAACCUGGAGACCACAAGGACAUUUUUGGCCAACUCAUUUCUGUUCUUCGUGAGAAUGGCCCUUUAUGUGGCACGGGAAUCCUUCUAAAAGAUGAGCUUCAAAGGGGAAAAGUAACCCUUAUUACCAGGUAACUUCUGUCAAUUGUUUAUUUGUUGUUAAGAGGCCCUCAGCAUAGCCGCAGGUCGCCCUCAGCGUAGCCGCUGGUCGCCCUCAGCAUAGCCGCUGGUCGCCCUCAGCAUAGCUGCAGGUCGAUGAAAAUUUUCUUUUUGCCUUGAAUUUCUCAAUUGUCACGCAAUCUGGAGGUGCCUUCCCAAGUUUUUAGUAAAAUGAAGUGAACCUUAUACAAAAUGUUGAUGUGAAUUUUUCAAUGGUGAGUGAGAGAAUGAACGAUAAAUGAAAGUAACGAGUAAGCAACGAUUGAAUUUUUAAGCAGCGUUUCGUUUUUCAGAGGGUGCAAAUUAUUCAAUUUAAAAUUAGCUCCUGAAACAAGUUUCAGUUUCCUUGCUUUAUUUCUAACACUCUUUCCUUUUUUCCUUUUCCGUCAAUGUUCUUCUAAAGUCGUAACAUUUCUUCAGCUGUCAUACAUUGAUUAUUUAUUUGCUCUAACUUGCACUUCCUCGUGAAAUACCUUUUUUAAAAAUGCUUCAAUAAAAUUCAUUUUCUCAUAGAAACAAGAAUCAAGUAUUCCUGCUCCUACAUAGACUUCGGCAAAUCCUCCCAGACGAUGUGCGUAUUUUAGCAGAUCCUGAACUGGACUUUACUCACGUUAAGAACAGUCUGAGCGCUAUAAAUCAGGAGAUUACAAACUUGGAGCAGAAUCUUCGCAACAUGCUGCAGAACCCCAACAAAUCCCAUCCAGGCCCACUCGCUAGUAACGAGCGUGGCCUACGCGGAAGCGACGACAGUGAUAGCAUUGCAGUUCUAAGGGAGAGUUUUGAACGGAAGAGGGUCAGGGAAAUGACACGAAAUGAAGGGCUAGGUGAAAUGUGUGAUUUUGAAAAAUUUUGGGAUGAUGUUGUCAACGAUCAAUUGAGAGUUGAUCAAGCUGUUGCAGAAGUCUGAGGCAGUAGGACGAGUCUAGGUCGCGAGAGUCAAUUAUGUUUCUCUUAAGUAAUUUGGUAAUGUAAACUGAGUUGAU